AUGAUCAAAUCGUUCAUUAACAACGGGAUUAAGAUAUACUCGUUAACAUCGGGAAGGGUGAGUCCCGAGAGUGGUGGCAUCGGUGGCGUGGGGAAAGCGAGUGGAAAGAGAAAAAAGAAUGCAUCGAUUGGGAAGAGCGAAAACUCGGUGGAAAUCCUGCACGAUCUAGAAUUCUCCCAGAAAAGUGAACAAGUAAAGAUAAGCGAUGACGGCAGGUACAUCUGUAUCAGUGGCAUGUAUCCCCCUCAAGUGGGGUUGUAUGACACGAAAGAAAUGUCUAUAAAGCAUAGGAGACAUUUCGACGAAGAGGUUAUAAAUUUUGAGUUCCUAACUAGUAACUAUGAGAAGCUUGCCUUUUUAUGCAAAAACAGGAACCUAGAAUUCCACAAUGCAGCAGGAAAGUACUACAAAAUGAGGAUUCCAAAGGAGGGGAGAAACUUACUCUACAAUAAAGAAAAUUCUAAUUUAUAUAUCUGUUCCUCUUUUGAUGAAAUUUACAUUUUGAAUUUACAAAAGGGUGCGUUUGAAAACUCCCUGAUGAGCAGAAAUGAACACAACAAUUUCUUAUGCCGAAAUGUGCAGCUGCCUGUUAUGGCUACAGGUGGGUCGAGUGGAUUUUUGGAACUUUGGGAUGAGCGCGUAAAGAAAAGUAUUUCCUGUUUGGACAUUCAUGAGGGGGAGGAAUUGACUGCUGGGUGUUUUUCAGAGAGCGGGUUGAAGUUGGGCGUCGGGACGGAAAAAGGCAUCGUGAAGAUGUACGACAUUCGUCACAGCAGGCCGCUCCUCGUGAAGGACCACUGCAACGAUUUGGCCAUUAAGAAGAUCGAGUUUGUGAGCAUCAGCAGGAGGGGUGGAGGAGGCGGUGAGUUUGGUGGUGGGUUUAGCCAUCCGUUUGACGGUGGAACGUCUACUAAUGAUCGCUUCCUGCAUCGUGGCAAUUGCGCCCCCCCCGUGCCAGGUGGGAGUGGGUCAAACGAGUACGUCGCCUCUGCAGACGCGAACUGCAUCAAGAUAUAUAGCGAACACGACUCCAAUUUGUUGUCUUUCCAUGUUAUAAAUAGGGAGAGCGAAAGUGGAAAGAGUAAAGGUGGGGCAAAAAAAACAAACGCGUUUAAGCUACUUGGAAACGAUACGAUAAGUAUCAAUUCGUUUGCCUUUUAUAAAAACUCGGGACUAUGUUUCAUUCCCUGUGACAGUACCAAUGUCUCCCUUUACUUCAUUCCCUACAUUGGAAUCGCCCCCAAGUGGUGUAACUUUCUGGAUAACAUCACGGAGGAGUUAGAAGAAAGGGAAAAAUAUGAUAACAACAGGAACGACGCUGAUACGCAAUAUGACAACUCGAAUGAUCUCUUUGACGAUUAUGUUUUUGUCUCGAGCGAGCAAGUAGAAAGGAUGAAUAUCAGCCACCUGAGGGGGACGCCCAACUUGAUUUCCUAUCUGCACGGGUAUUACAUGCCGUCCAAAAUGUACACAGAUAUUAAGAGUGUCCUUGAGGCGGAUAAUUUGAACCAAGUGAAAAAGGCCAUUGUGCAGAAGAGGCUGGAGAAGAAACAGCAGAUGCGAAUCCCCGACAAGAGCGUUCUGGUGAAUAGAGAGUACGUGGAUAAGCUACUCACCAGGGUGAACAAGAAAGUGGACAAAAAACAGAAGGCUAUCGUGGACGCCCAGGAGCUGUUGCAGGAUGAGCGGUUCAACAAACUCUUUUACGACCCCGAGUAUAUGGUCAAGACAGUCGACUUGGGCGAUUAG